GAUUUUAUUGUGGACGGCGACACCGGAAGUGUAGUUAGUUGAAGAAGUGGUGGUGUAGCUUUAGGCAUACAAUAAGUUAAAGAAACUGCAGUAAAGUCUGACAAAAAUGGCUGGAACGGCGUCGGUAGCUGGUGAAGUGUUUGUUGAUGCUUUGCCAUAUUUUGACCAAGGUUACGAUGCGACAGGUGUUAGAGAAGCGGCUGCUGCAUUGGUUGAGGAGGAGACUAGAAGAUACCGACCUACCAAGAACUACUUAAGCUACCUGCCCACACCAGACUUCUCUGCUUUCGAGACUGAGAUUAUGAGGAAUGAAUUUGAACGUCUUGCAGCACGCCAGCCCAUGGAACUCUUGAGCAUGAAAAGAUACGAGCUGCCAGCUCCCACGUCAGGACAGAAGAAUGACAUUACAGCAUGGCAGGAAUGUGUAAACAACUCAAUGGCUCAGCUGGAGCAUCAGGCAGUCCGCAUUGAGAACCUGGAGCUCAUGUCACAAUAUGGAACUAAUGCGUGGAAAGUCUAUAAUGAUAACUUGGCCUUCAUGAUUGAGAUGGCCCAAAAGGAACUUCAGAAAUUCAGGAAGCAAAUUCAAGAUUUAAACUGGCAACGUAAAAACGAUCAGCUGGCAGGAGGAGCCAAACUACGAGAACUAGAGUCAAACUGGGUGUCUCUGGUCAGCAAGAAUUAUGAGAUUGAGCGGGCGAUCGUGCAGCUGGAGAACGAAGUCUCCCAGCUCAGACAACAGCAGGGGGAUGAGAAUAAGGAGAACAUCAGGCAGGACUUCUAGAGCAGUAGCUCAUGGCACUGGUCUACAAAAUAAUGAUCCUGCAGUCAGGCCAGAUUUCAUCAUAUUUCAUAAGAAUUGCUGGACCAAGGUGUUUGAAGAAUGAAAGUUACCUGUAUGGAGGAGGAUUUCAUGUGAAAUUGCAUCAUUCAAAACCUCAACCUAAAAUUCAGGCCAAAGCUGUCUAGAAAGCUCAGCGACAGCGCUUAUUUCACAACACUGCACACCUCUGAAUCUACUGGAGCUGGUGAAAUAUGGUAUAAAAAGCUAAUUUUGUCCAGGGUUCACAUGUUCAGAGCAAGGCUAUGCUUGAUUUGCAAAAAUAAUUUAUUACAAAUGGGAAGUACAAUUCGGUGUUGAACAUUAUUUCACAACUUUCAGCUAACCAGCAAAAGUUCCAGUUUUGCUUUAAUAUGUGGUGGGUACAAGCGCGCCAAGAUUAGUGUGUAGAUUUACAGUAAGUGUACAUAGUAUAAGUCUGUCAAACAUAAAAUCUCUGUGAACCUAAGCUUGACUUCAAUUUGUGUAUUUUUUGUAUGCUGUUUUAAUAAAAACAAUUUACAUUUGC